AAGAUGCAUUUUAAUUGGAGUUAACAGUUUUAAAAAUAAGUCCCAUAAAUUCGUUAAUUUUCUUUACACAAACAGUAAAUUGGUUCAAAGACAAUUAUUUUCUUAUUAUUUUUCAUAAAAAAAAAAAAAAAAUAACAUAGAAACUCCCAUUUUGUUUUUAGGGGAGUUUGUGAACUCUCCCUUAAGAAAAAGAGAUGGCGGUAAAGUUAAAGGGUUGAAAAGUCUAUCUUGACUGAUCUUGUCGCUUGGUUGUAAAUUGUACGCACGCAUCUUAUUCAAUGUAUAUUUAUGUAUUAUAUAUACAUAUAUACAUACCUCGACAAUGAUAAGUGUUAGUUGUGUUAAUUGUGCUACAUAAGCAAUACAGCUCAUGAAUUUGCGAAUUUAUUUGUUUUUAAAAUAGAACGAAAAAAAAAUGUGAAUAAUUCCAAGUUUGUAUCGCCAAGAACACUCAUAAAAAAAAACGAAAAAUAUUUCUUCCACAUUUAGAUUCAGUGAUUAUUGUAAAUAUUUUUUCUAAAAAAUAUGUUUUUCUCUUAUGAUAUGUUUAAUCGAAGACAACAAGAAUUAUUAUCUCAAGCACCUGGAGAUGAAGAUUUACCAAGUAUGAGGUUAACUAUGUCAUAACACGCAUUCAUUGACCAAAAUCAUAUGUAGAUAAAUCCAAAUACAACAGUCUGGUAAAAGCUAAUGAAUUUAAAAAAAUCAAAUUUGAUUUAUCAUCCAUAUACGACAUAGUGGAUAAGAAUCCAUAUUAAAUAAUUUCUAGUUAAAUUCAAAUGCAGUAAAAAUACUUAAAAGUGGUGCAAUUUUUGAAGGGUGAUUACUUCUAAUUCUUACAAAAAUGUAAUAGUUAUAUUAUAUAUAAAUAAUUAUAUGUAUAUUUGUAUAAUACAUAUAUUUAAAUGAAAUGUUAAGAAUUGAAUCUUCCUGAAUGUACAGGCAUGAUUGAGAAGAAAAUCAUCCGAGCGUUUAUAAAUUGGUUAAAAUUAGGGUGAGCACAUACUUAUCUGUCAACGCACGUCAAGAUGGCAAUUGGAAGCAUUAUAUGUGGAGCAAAUACUCCAAAAGUGAAGCGAAAAAAAAUUAAGACAACAGAGCGCAGUUGGAUCGAAGCAACUUUUCAAAAAAGGGAAUGCACAAAAUUUAUACCAAGUGCAAAAGAUGAGCACAGGUUUGAAGAAGUACAGGGAGAUAAGAAUGCAGAAUACGACGUGAUCACCACUUCCAGAUGUUGUUGUGGACAUUCUUAUACUCAUCAUUGUGGAAAUGGAGCGGAUGUUCAAAGUUAUUCAAACAUCAAUGAAAGCGAACAAGAAAGAGAGCAAUGGUCACCGGGAAAGAAUACACGUUCUUCAGCAACAGAUGCAUAUGGAACUAUUGAAUUUCAAGGACUUCCUCAUCCAACAAAAGCACAAUAUGUUAGAUUGGCACACGAUACACGACCAGAGCCAAUAGUUCAAUUAUUAUGCCGUGAAUGGAAUUUAGGUUUACCUAAACUUUUAAUCACUGUUCAUGGUGGUCGAUCGAAUUUUGAUCUUCAACCAACAUUGAAAAAAGUUUUACGUAAAGGUCUUUUAAAGGCUGCUAAAACAACGGGUGCAUGGAUAUUUACCGGAGGAACUAAUACAGGAGUUACCAGACAAGUCGGUGAUGCUUUAUUAUUAGAACGAGCACAAAGACAAGGUCGUGUAGUGAGUAUUGGAAUUGCUCCUUGGGGUGUUUUGGAAAAGAGUCAUGAGCUUGUUGGUCGUGGAAGGGAAAUUCCUUAUGAUUCACUUUCUUCUCCUUGGUCUAAGUAUGCAGUUUUGAAUAAUCGUCAUUCUUAUUUUCUACUUGUCGAUAAUGGAACUGGUGGAAGGUACGGAGCUGAAAUUAUAUUAAGAAGAAAACUUGAAAAAUAUAUAUCUAAUUUAAAACUUCAGCCUUAUACACACAGCAGUAUUCCUGUUGUUGCACUAGUAAUAGAGGGAGGAACUAAUACAAUAAGAUCAGUUUUGGAAUAUGUAACCGAUGAUCCACCUGUCCCUGUUGUUGUUUGCGAUGGAUCAGGUCGAGCAGCCGAUCUCAUUGCCUUCAUGCAUAAAUAUGCAUCAGAAGAAGAAACCGAAGAUGGUGAAGGUCCGCUGGAAAGUAUGAGAGAACAUUUACUGGAAACAAUAAAACGAACAUUUAAAGUUUCCGUAGAACAAGCAAAUCAGCUUUAUCUUGAAUUACUACAGUGUGUUCGCAAAAAGCACUUGAUCACAGUGUUCAGGAUAUCACAGGAUCGUUCUCAAGAAUUGGAUCAGACAAUACUGACAGCUUUAUUUAAAUCAAAACAAUUAUCACCUGCCGAACAAUUAUCACUUUCGUUAAUAUGGAAUAGGGUCGAUAUCGCUCGCAGUGAAAUUUUCGUCUACGGACAAAAAUGGCCACCCGGUGCACUAGAACAAGCAAUGAUGCAAGCUCUUCAACACGAUAGAAUCGAUUUUGUGAAAUUACUUUUAGAAAAUGGUGUUUCAAUGCGCAAAUUUCUAUCCAUUCCACGUCUUGAGGAAUUGUACAAUACGAAAGAAGGUCCUUCGAAUACUUUGGGUUAUAUUCUUCGUGACGUGAGACCUCACAUACCACGAGGUUAUAUGUAUACACUUCAUGAUAUUGGUCUUGUAAUAAAUAAACUAAUGGGUGGUGCUUAUCGUGCUCAAUAUACAAGAAAGGAAUUUCGAAUACUUUAUACAAGAGUAAUGAAACGAUCUGGAGGAUAUCAACAACAUGCUCAUCGUAAUAGUUGUGCAUUAACAAGUCGAUCUUUUUCUAGCUCUGGAGGAAAAUCAGGUGGCUUAACAAUGAGUCUGUUGGCUGAAACAUUACCAGCAACUCAAGAUACUGCACUAUUUGAUUAUCCUUUUAAUGAAUUACUUAUUUGGGCUGUACUUACAAAACGACAGCAAAUGGCAUUACUUAUGUGGCAACAUGGUGAAGAAGCAUUAGCAAAGGCUUUAGUCGCAUUAAAAUUGUACAAAGCAAUGGCACAUGAAGCUGCUGAAGAUGAUUUGGAAACUGAAGUCUAUGAUGAACUUCGUGGAUAUGGAAAAGAAUUUGAAAACAUAGCUGUGGAAUUAUUAGAUUUUUCCUAUCGACAAGAUGAUGAUCAAACACAGCAGCUUUUAACAUCAGAAUUGAAAAAUUGGUCAGGUCAAACGUGUCUUUCUUUAGCGGUGACGGCAAAUCAUAGAGCUUUAUUAGCGCAUCCUUGUAGUCAAAUUAUAUUAGCUGAUCUAUGGAUGGGUGGACUUCGUACUCGUAAAAAUACAAAUUUGAAGGUUGUUUUGGGUUUAAUGUGUCCUGUUUACAUAACUCGAUUAGAAUUUAAAAGUCGGGAAGAAUUGCAAUUGAUGCCACAAACGGAAGAGGAACAUCUCAUUGCCCUUGAAGAUGAAAACGAAGACAGUGAAUCUGAACAUGGAGCGCCAGUUGGACCAGAUGUUGAGAAACGCCCACGCAGAAGCCUGAGUAUUCGCUACAAAACCACUGCCCCCAAUGGUCUGCAGGGCGUAAAGGCUUUAAUUAGUCACGAGCACAACACAAAUGUCAUAAAAGAGACAAUUGUUCAGGAAAAUGGCAAAGUAUUAACAGAUACUGACGAUGGAAAUCAUCGAUCUUAUGGAAUUCUAUCAGAAUAUUAUGACAAUAAAAACAGUAGACCUCUUCGGUUAAGGAAAAAACUUUAUGAAUUUUAUACUGCACCAAUAACAAAAUUUUGGGGAAAUGCUAUUGCUUAUGUGAUAUUUCUCGUUCUAUUUUCUUAUACAAUUCUCGUAAGAAUGAGUGAUCAACCUUCUUGGCCUGAAUAUUUUUCCAUCUUUUAUAUUAUUACAAUGGGCUGUGAAAAAAUACGUGAAAUUGCCACUUCAGAGCCAGUGGCACUUUCACAUAAAUUUAGCGUUUGGGCCUGGAAUAUGUGGAAUCCAUGUGAUGCAGCUGCAAUUAUGUUUUUCAUGAUUGGUCUUGUUCUUCGCAUGAGAAAAUCAACCUUCGAUAAUGGACGAGUUAUAUAUUGUGUUGAUUGCAUGUAUUGGUACUUAAGGAUGUUGAAUAUUUUGGGCGUUAACAAAUAUCUUGGUCCAUUGGUGACAAUGAUGGGUAAAAUGAUUAAGAAUAUGAUAUAUUUCGUUGUUCUUUUACUUGUCGUAUUGAUGAGUUUUGGAGUAACAAGACAAGCAAUACUUAAACCAAAUACAGAACCAACGUGGCGAAUUGUUCGCGAUGUUUUUAUGCAACCAUAUUUUAUGCUUUACGGUGAAGUUUAUGCUGAUCAAAUCGAUCCCGAGUGUGGAGCAGAUCCAGGAAUGCCUGAUUGUCUUCCAGGUCGAUGGAUAACUCCAUUUGUAAUGGCAAUUUAUCUUUUAGUGGCAAAUAUAUUACUUAUUAAUUUGCUGAUUGCUGUGUUUAAUAAUAUAUUUAUUGAAGUAAAUGGCAUCUCUCAUCAAGUUUGGAUGUUUCAACGAUUUACUGUUGUUAUGGAAUAUGAGCAAAAACCUGUUUUACCACCACCUUUAAUUGCCGUUUCUCAUGUUUAUUUAUUGGUAAAAUAUAUAAUACGCUAUAUCACGCAUGGUGAAAAAGUUUCCGGCGAAUCGUGUGACAAUGGAUUAAAACUCUUUCUUGAGGCUGAUGACAAGGAACGUUUAUAUGAUUUCGAAGAGGAUUGUGUUGAAGGAUAUUUUCGUGAACAAGAACUCAAAUUGCAAAUGUCAACAGAGGAACGUGUAAAAAUAACGAAUGAACGCGUGGAAAAUAUGCAGCAAAAAAUGGAAGAUAUUGAAAAGAAAGAAAAUAGUCAGAACACUUCACUUCAGGCUGUGGAAUUUCGUAUUAGAAAACUUGAGGAACUAAAUGAACAGACUUUGGCACACCUUGGGGUUAUUCAUCGAUUCAUGGCAACUCAUAUGUCAGAUGAUGGUCUUCAAGCUCUUGAUGUUGAAUUCCGUUCACGUAGAGUCUCGGAGCGUUCGGAAGCAUAUUCGGAAGUUGAUUCUCAUUCACAUUUUCCCAGUAUUGCAUUAAGAAGAAAGAAACUUUUAAGAUCAUUAACUGACGCAGCAUUUAUACAAAUACCACCGAUUGAUGAUGAAGUUUCGAAACAAUCAGAAGUUGAUAUCUCACGUGAAAAUCUUAGUAGAAAUGAUUCGUCAGUUAGUGGUGAACAUCAAGUUGUUCAAGAUGAUUCAAAAGGGGUAACAAGUCAAGAGGAAAGCGAUGAAAAUAAAGUGUCCGGUGACGAUAAAUUAAAGAGUAUUCACGAGGAAAAAGCUAGUAGUGAAGUACCUGUUAUUUGUGAAUCGAGACAAAAUUCAGGUGAGAAAACAAGUCGACAAAAUAGUAGAACACGUUCAGAAUCAGAGGAUAUGGUGUAUUUGGCACCGCCAGGAACACAAAGAGUAACAUGGGCUGAACCAAGACAUUCUGUAAUUCAAUCACCAAAUCCGCGAUCACUUUUACUUGCAAUGCGCACAGAAUACACAAGUAUUACCGAUGAACUUGAAAGUUAUUGUGGAUUAUUAAGUCCCCCAAGAUCGCCACCAAUUUCACCUCCACCUGGACGUGGAAGAUCUAUAUCAGGAAUGUCCAAUCCGGAAAUUGCUUGGCAAAUUGAAAAUGAACAUUUAAGAGACGCUGAAGAUUGUGAUUAUCAACAAAUGAAGGAUUUGAUUCAAAGGCGAUACAUGGAAGGUGACGACGAUGAAUGUGGUCAGGAUGAUAUUGUUUCCACGCCAUUUUUCAUUGCAAGUGAACAUCGUCAAUUGCGAAGGGCAUCGGCAAUAGAUGAAGAUUCAAGAAGACCACCACCACCAACAAUAAGUGUUACAAGAGAAAUUGAGCAAACAUUAUCGAGACCGCCGGCGAUUCGAGACAGUAGUGAGGAACCUGAUCCAAAUGAAACUGAAGAACCAGCUCCAGCUUCUGAAACAAUGUGCUGACUUUAUUCCUCUUUUGUUCUCAUCGCAUUCAACAUUAAGGGAAGUAUUUUUUAAUAAAUCUUAAGAUGCAAAAGUUAACACAGCGAAAAUGAUUAGUCUCAAGACGAAAAGAAAUAAUAUGAUUAUCGAUUUUAGUUAUGCAUGAUUUUUUAGUUCCUAAAAAAAUUCUCUCAACGAAUAAAAUUAAUUUCAAUAUAGGCCAAGGAAAUACAUCGAAUUUUUAAAAUUAAAUUUGUAUGUGUACCUUUACUUAUAAAUAUUAUAAUUACACAAUUCAUUUUCUGAAUUGUUUAAUUUCCAAUAUAGUACUAUUUCCGAAAUAAUAAAAUAAUACAAAUUAUUAAUAUGAAGAUCUGUCAUAAAAUUUGACAGUGAAAAUACAAUAAGGAGUGCAAAUUAUGUAUGUAUGAUCGUUUCUUUAAAAAGAAUGUUACUGCUUUUAGGUUUUUUUUUAUUCAUUUUUUUCUCAAAAGCUCAAAAACCGUAACACGUAAUUUAAAUUGAGGGAUUAGAAAUCGACUUCUACAAAACAAAAAAAGUUUUGCAGUUUUCACUUCAUAUUAUUCCAUCAUAAUAAUGUAAGUUCUACUUUUCUAAAUAGUUCUAAACAAGUCUUUCACUAAUGGCUUACAAAUUACGCGAUAAUAGAGAAAAAGAAUAAUUAAAAACUCUAAUAUCUAUAUCGGUGUUCAUCAAAUCUAUUUGAGAAAGAAAUUGAAGCAUUUAUUGAUGCAAUCGGAACUAGUUUUUAUCUACCAAAAAAAAACAUGUUUCGAAGAAUGAACAUUUUAAUAGGACCACAUCGAGUAUAAACCAUAUCAUCGAGGUUUGACUUAUAUAAAAAAAUCUGCCGAAUCUGUGUCAGUACAAUUUCUUAAUGGAAACAUUUUAAAUCCAAAAACUAUAUGUUAUAAAAUUCUUAAAUUGGCUUAUAAAAAUAAGAUCAAUAGAAUCUAUUUACUAAUAUUAUUCAAUUUGGAAAUCUAAAAUCAAAUUAUCUAAAUGUGAUUCCUAUAUCAAGAUCUCAAGAUUUCUAAAUGAAUCCUUCUCCACUAAAAAAAAAAACAAACCAAUGUUUGAAAAUUAUCUAAAAAUUCAUAACUCUAUCAGAAAAAAUAUUUUUCUGAAAUUGAAAAUAAGUUAAAACUCUUUUUUAAUUUUUUUGUUCAACUGGGACAAAUUUUUGACAAAUAUCUUUACAUC